AUGCUACCAUUGAAAGGAAUCAAAGUCAUCGAGCUAGCAGGCCUAGCUCCAGGCCCAUUCGCAGGCCUCCUGCUAGCUGACUACGGCGCCUCAGUCCUCCGUAUAGACCGACCCAACUCGACAAGCGUUGACCAAUUAACCCGCGACCAACUAACCCGCAACAAAACCUCCAUAACGCUCGACUUACGCAACCAAAACUCCCUAAACAUCCUCCUCCGCCUCCUCCCAACCGCCGAUAUCCUAAUCGACCCCUUCCGGCCAGGCGUCCUCGAACGCCUCGGCCUCUCCCCAACAGAAGUCCUCCAAAAACACAAUCCCCGCCUAAUCGUCGCGCGAAUGACCGGCUUCCGCCGCGACGGAAAAUACAAAGACAUGGCCGGCCACGACAUAAACUACAUCGCCGUCUCGGGAGUGCUGUCGACGCUCGGCCGCGCAGGCGAGAAGCCCCACGCCCCAGGCAACAUCCUCGGCGACUUCGCCGGCGGCGGCGCAGUCUGUUUCCAGGGAAUCUUGCUCACGCUCAUCUCGCGCUCGCAUACCGGCCGUGGCCAGGUCGUCGAGGCGAAUAUGGUCGACGGCUCGGCGUACCUUGCUACGUUCCCGCGGUUGGCGAGGAAGACUCCCGCGUGGGCGCAGCCGCGUGGCGAGAACCUGCUCGAUGGUGGGUGUCCGUAUUAUGAUACGUACGAGACUAAGGAUGCCGGGCGGUAUUUUGCUGUUGGGGCGUUGGAGCCGCAGUUUUAUGCGGCGUUGGUGCGUGGGCUUGGGUUUGAGAUUGGGGAGCUUCCGGAGAGGGAGGAUCGGACGCAGUGGCCUGUCUUAAGGGAGAUUUUUACGAGGAGGUUUAAGGAGAAGACUCGCGUGGAGUGGGAGGCUGUUUUUGAUGGUACGGAUGCUUGUGCUACGCCUGUUUUGGAGCAGGCGGAGCUUGAGGAGGGUGGCUAUGAGCAGCGGCCUAUGGUGCAUCUGGUUAGUACGCCUGGCAAACCCAUUUCGGCGGACAAUGGUGGGUGGUCGGGCGGCGGGCUUUUGCCUGGGGAUGGGGGCGUUGACACGCUUAGGGAGUGGGCGGGGUGGGAGCAGGGUAAGGAUUUUGAGGUUAGGAAGGAUGGGGCUUUUGUGGCGAUGGAUGGGAAAUCCAAGAUUUGA